AACUGAUUUAAUUGUGAUGCGCUUUCUUUUUUUCUAUCUUCCUCUCUAAUCUCUCAAUUGCAUUCAUUUUUAUCAUUCCUUGUCCCAAUAUUCGUACUUUCUCUUCUGCCCCGGGUUGUAAGAUUACUCCCUUCUCUGCCCCCUGCUCUGCUCCAAGUUGUACUACUGGAUCCAUCAUCUAGCAAUCAUGUGCCAUUGCACCAACAUCAACUACUCCUGCAAACACUGGGGUGGACGAAAAAUUACUUUGCCAUGUCAAUGGGCAAAGAAAAACGCUAAGACCGGCUGCUAUAACGUCAAACCACCGGAAGGAGUCGUGCAUCUCGACUACAUGUGCGACUCCUGCAAAUUCAGAGAAAACCUCGGAAGCACGUCACCAUUUACGCACGUGGGCAUCGAUGGAAUCCGACGACCGCUAACGAGAGAUAGCAUAGCAGAAAGUAAACCAGAAGGAACGAUAGAGAAAUUGAAGGAAGCGGAAGCAAAAUCCGCAAAGGAGGAAGCUGAGAAAAUAAGGAAAGAGAUUCAGAGGAAUAAUCUGGAGAAGAUAAGAAAACAAGAUGCCGAUGAGAGGAGGGAGGAUCUUUUAAAGAAUGUUCAGGAGCUCGAUGAGUGGUUUGAUGCGAUUUUGGAGGAGCAGAGGAGGAUAUACAAAAUCAAGAAGGGGGAGUUGCAGGAGCUGUAUGCGGCGUUUGGGGAUAAUCUGGGGAUAAUUUAGGCAGAGAGACGGAACGGGACGGAUCUUGAGGAGUAGAGUGGAGAUGUGAGAGUCGGCGGCUGGACCGUUUUGGACUUGAUCUCUCCUCUUUUUCGCUUCCCUUGGGAUUUGGUGCUGUUCCUCGUGCCCAGGUGAGUGUCCUUGUUUGGUUUUGACCGUCUGUGACGCUACUUCUUUAUUUUUGCUCCGCAAUCUUUCGCCAUUUCGAUUUGUUCGGCGGAUGCAGUGAUUGGAAUGCUUUCGACGGUCCAACCAAUUCUAUGCUCAAAUUAUCCUAUUAAGUGGUCCUGGAGACUACGUCCAUUUCCAUCAUUCUAUCGUCCUUUCGGGACAUACUUUCAAGUUGCCGAAGAGCUGGUCAACUCUCAGUUUCACUUCGCUUCCCUCUGAUCAAGGCUUCUUUGAUUGCCAUGUUUUUCUUAAGAGAUCGAAAAUGUUGUGACUGGAGGAUCUUGGAUAGAUAUCGAGAACC